AUGCCAAUUGAUAUGGCUCCAAAGACUGGCAUGGUUUCACUCUUCAUUGUUGAUUCCGUUCUUGAUGAUCUCAUGGACCUAAUAAAUAACAAGUCUGACUGGAUUCUUGGUCAGAACGAUCAAAUUGUAAUGCUACAUGAGGAACUAUUUUUGUUGGGAUCUUCCGUCACCAGUAUAGCUGUGCAGCAAGAAGCAGAGCAGCAAGAACUCAUAAUAAAAACCAGAGACGUAGCAUUUGAAGUUGAAUAUGUUAUCAACUCAUUUCCCCCUGUUUGGUAUCUCACCCUCAGACAUCCUCAGCUCAUUGAGAAGAUUCAGCUUAUUAUGAUGGCCAUCAAAGAAAUGAAGAACGAUAUUGAUGUGGCUGGAAUGGCAGAAAUUGCAAAAUAUCCAGGUGAGCACUUAUCAUUGCAACCUAAAGACCCUUCCAUUUUGGAAGAUGUUAUUGUGGGGUUUGAAGAUGUUGCACUCGAAAUUGCAGAACAACUUGUUAGAGGAGCAGAGCAAUUGCAAAUUAUCUUCAUAUUUGGAAUGCCUGGACUUGGAAGGCGAUAUCUCAUUGUCCUGGAUGAUAUAUGGGAUACAAAAUUAUGGGAUGAUUUGAAAGGAUUUUUUCCAAAUGACAGAACUGGAAGUAGAAUCUUAUUCACCACUCGGAAUAAAGAAAAAGUGUUCAGAGAUAAAAGUUGUCCUCAAGAACUGCUAGACAUUGCGAAGGAGAUUGCAAAAAAAUGUCACGGCCUACCACUUGCUGUGGUCGUGAUAGCUGGAGUUCUUGCAAAUAUGGAGAAAAAAGAACACUUGUGGCAAGAAGUUGCAAGAAAUUUAAGUUCACAUUUAUCCAAAAAUUCAGACAACUACAUCCAGAUAUUAGAACUUAGCUAUUAUCAUUUGCCAAUGCACUUGAAACCAUGUUUUCUUUACUUUGGAGAUUUCAAAGAGGAUGAGGAAAUCCACAUACAAAAGUUCAUAUCAUUAUGGAUAGCUGAAGGAUAUAUAAAGAAGGAAGAGCAAAAGAGUUUAGAGGAUGUGGCAUUAGAAUAUGCGAUGAAACUAAUUGAUAGGAGCCUGGUACUUGUUGGUAAAAAAAAAUUUGAUGGUUCAAUCAAAACUUGCAAGAUUCAGGAUCUAUUGAGUGAAAUUGUACUAAUAAUGGUGACUAUAUCUGAUGAUCGUAUCACGUAUGAUUAUGUUUUUACCAGUAAUGAUGAUGAAUCUCAUCCAUUGCUGUACUUCAGUGAAGUGGGGAUGUAUCAGAAACACCAUUGUCGCAACUACUAUUGUCAUAUGGGAGAAAGCUUGAGGAAUUCUUCACUGUCCCAAACAUGCAAAGCUCGUCAUGUCCUAAUGAAGUUAUUGCAGCCUUUAUCAACUUUCUACUCCGAAUGGUAA